GUAGAGAGAGAGAGAGAGAGAUGGAGCCGCGGUUGGAGGAACGGGACCCGGUCUCCCUGAAGCGGCUCUGCUGAACCCUGGCGACCGGAGACCCGAACCGGGGAGCGGCGGAAUGGCCGAUCCUCUGCGGCGGACUCUGCUCGCCAAACUCCGGGGGAAGAAAACCAAGAAGGGUUCGGUACCGGGCGCCUGGAGCACCGAAGAAGGUAAAGAGAAAGUUUUGCGUGCUCGGGACGCGCACAGUCAGCGAGCGGCCGCCGCCAUCGCGGAGCGGGAUUCCGUGCCGAGCGCGCUGAGAGGUAAGCAGGGCUGUGUGUGCGGGGGGUUCGAGCGCACAGGCGCGCGCUGGGCCGACCAAAACGAGCCGCGUGUGCACGUGCACGCCGGGCGGGGGGGCGAUCAGAGCGGCGGAUCCGGGGGGCCAGGCGCACAGACGCUCUCGGGGGCCUCCGGGCAUAAGAACGAGCCGUUCCUUACAAAUGAAGUGGACAAGCAGCCGGUGGCAGUUCCGCGGAGACACACCGAAGGAGACUCGAUAGGGUUCGGGAACGGCAGCGAGGUUCCCUUCAUGCUUGCCAUGGAUACCGUUAAAAAUGCACACUCCAGAGAAGCUGCUUUCAAAACCAGCAUGACCAAAGAAAAAUAUGUAGAGGUGGAACGAUACCAGAACACUGGCAGACCAGAACCUGGCGGAACCGAGAUGGACCAUUCAGAUCCACCUGGCCUUUUCCAGUAUCUCCAUUCCAGACAUGCUCACGAACACGACUUGAUCCGGACUAUUGAAAGUUCUUUAGAGCUUUGUGAAGAUUUCAGCAUGCCUUCUUUGCAGAGUCCUACCUUCUUCCCCACAGAGCUGGAGAUCGUAGAUGCUGAUUUGACUCCACACCUGGUGUGUGCAAGAGAGGGAAUGAAUCGCCACAAUUCCAUAGACAGUGAGGACGAGGACUAUUAUGAUAAUGAAAUCUUGCCAUUUUACGAGUCCCGGAGCAAAGAGUCAAACAACAGCGAAGAUCCAUCCAGAGCUUCUUUGCAGUCUGAGUCAGACCAGAUUGUUGAUUCCAGCGCUCAGGAAACGGACAGGCUCAGGAGUCAACUCAAAGAAGCGUACUACCUCCUGAUAAACGCCAUGGAUGGCAUCACUUUUGAUGGGCAGAUACAGUCAAAUAGCUACGUGGAGCAAAGCAGCAGCUCGAGUCAGUCUCGUGAUAGCCUGAGUUUAAGUUCUGAUUCUUCCAUGAGGCUCUCCAGGUCCUCUGGAGAACAUGGUGGCCACCAUUGGACCCUUCCAAUUCCUGGAGAAAGCAGUGCUUCUGACCGUGGGAGUUCUCAGAGGAGCAAAAGUUUGCAGAAUCUUCUCCUGACCCAAAGGAGGCCUAAUCUACAGCGCUCCAUGAGUGAUAGUGGUGUCCGGUAUCCUCUGCAGGAAAACCAAGGUGAGCCGUGCUCCGAAAAUGGGACCCUCACUGAAUAUGUGCCAGUUGAUACACCUCCAUUGGCAAAUGGUGGAGACCUGGAUUUGGAGACUGCAGCUAGCGAACCCAUGGUUUCAGAGGAGGAGAAUAGUGGUUCCAUUAGUAACCAGGACGCUUCUGAUGGAGUUCCCCACAGAACGUCUGACCCAUUGCGCUCACAGCAGAUGAAUAUUAACAGACAUGUUGGAACAAGUGCAGCAAAACCUCCUGGGGUCACAGUGAACAAGAUGCAGGAGUGGAUGCACAAGGGCCGCUUGCUUUCAUCAGAGAUGAGGCAGAGAAUCGCUGGAUCUUCCUCACAUGGAGUGGCUCAGGAGCGCCAUGGAAAUGAGAGCCAAGCCUGGGCCAAAACCUUCAGCCAGGCCAGCGCCAUCGGUGGCGAAAAAAUAGGAAUCGUAAACCCUUCAAGUGGGCAUCACUCAGUACCGGUGAUGGACACCCGAGACUCUUGCUCUCGCCCAGUUCCUCUAAACUCCAUCACUGUCUCCAAGAAGCGUAACUGGCUGAAUCAGAGCUCCAUGCGGCCCUCGUUAAUCUCUGAUGAGGACAACCAUGCACACCCUCCACAAGUACACACUCACACUCAACCAAAAACGUGCACUCGAUCCCAUACUCAUAUACCCCAUGUCCCCACCUCUGACCCUGCUGAGGAGAAUGACGCUGACGACGAGGGUGAGAUCUGGUACAACCCGAUUCCUGAGGAUGAGGAGGUUGUGCUCCAUCAUGGGGAGCAUGGAGCAAGAGUGCUGAAACGGACGAGUGGUGAGGAAGGGGUCGGAGCCUCCAUUUCUUCCAGGGAAUCUGGGAACUUGAAUGCCAGUUAUUCCAGUGAGCAGAAACAUGUGUACAGACAGAUGUGCAGAUCACAGGAGGAGAAACCCACAACAGAAUCUCCUGAGCAAAGUAUAUCAGGCUUCUCCCCCCCCUCCAGUCCAAACCCGGCUAAGAAGAGCUGCUCGAUUAACUGGUCGUUCCCAGAGCGCAUCAAAUCUCCACGCACUGUUCGCAAACUCUCAAUAAAGAUGAAGAAGCUUCCUGAGCUCAGCAGGAAGCUCAGUGUUAAAGGGAACCCGACUAAUGGACAGAUGGAAAAUAGGACCCACCUGCUUAGAGCCAAUGGUCCGGCUGAUCUGGGCUCAGGAGGUGUGUCCACAGCAUCCACAAGUGGCAACGUGAUCUGGCGGUAUCACUUGGAUAGCAGUGUGUGCACACAGCAGCAGAAAAAGAGCAGUGGCUUAGGAGCUCCUAAAUCGGCCAUUAAAGGCGGGUACUUGAGCGACGGGGACUCACCGGAACUAGUCGCCAAAUCAGCCAAACAUGGCUCGUGUUCUAAAUCUCACCAGAAAAUGCAGGAAAAGGAUUCCUUUUUGAAUUCUGGCAUCUCCAAACUGGCUGAUGUGGCUUCUUUCCGUCCUUACUGCUUGCCAGAACAGGCAAAGUGCGCAUCAUCACCACCCGUCUCAGGACUGCUGAGUGUACACUUGUGUGGCGCUGAGGGUCUAAAGACACCACGGAGUGACGAAUCGCGCCACAUCUACUGCGCUAUUCAAGUUGACGAGGCAAAGCGAGCACGCACAGCGCUGCUCCCCUGCCACGCCGACUUCCUCGCCAUGGACCACACCUUCCAGCUGGAGCUGGAGGAAGCUCAGCGGCUCCGCCUCGUCCUCUUCGGCUGUGAAGCAACAACGGCACCAAGGAGGCAGCGAGUGUGCUGUCAUGGAGCUGUGGCACUGGCGCCACUCUUCAGGAUACUAAACACAGCCCGUGUGCACCGGCUUGCCGUGCGCCUUGAGCCACGUGGGGUCAUCUACGUCAAACUGGGAUUGACGGAAAGGCGGCAGAGCUUGACAGAAGGGAACGAGGUGGAGAAGGAACGAGAGAGGGAGGUUUUCGGAGUGGAUGCAGCACGAGUGGUGGAGCGCGAAGCCACCGGGCUCAUGGUGCCACUCAUCAUCGAGAAGUGCAUUGGCGAGAUUGAGAGGAGAGGAUGCCAGGUGGUGGGACUGUAUCGCCUGUGUGGCUCGGCUGCGGUCAAGAAGGAGCUGAGGGAGGCGUUUGAGAGGGAUAGCCAUGCUGUAGAGCUGUCGGAGAGCAAUUACCCUGACAUCAACGUCAUCACAGGUGUUCUUAAAGACUAUCUGAGGGAGCUACCUCAUCCUCUCAUCUCUAAGCCUCUGUACGAGGCAGUUCUAGACGCCAUGUCCAAGCGGCCGCUGAUGAUCGGAAACAGCGGCUGUGAGAACGACUCUGCCGAUUCGGAGCACGCCGCCGGGUUGCUUGAGACGCUGCCUGUAGUUGAGAAGAGGACUCUGAGGAAACUUCUGGACCACCUGAAGCGCGUCGCAUCACAUCAUGAGUUGAACAAGAUGACGUGUCAGAACCUGGCUGUGUGUUUUGGACCUGUGCUGCUCAGUCAGAGACAGGACGCUUCAGGUCUCGCUAACCGAGUGUUCAUGGACUCGGAGGAGCUAGCCAGCGCUCUGCACUUUAAGAAGCACAUCGAGGUUCUGCACUACCUGUUGCAGCUGUGGCCAGUUGCGGAUGUCCAGAGCAAACCCUCGUCUCUUGCCCUGGACCCCCCUGCCCCAGUGAGGAGAAGAAAAGAGCGCCCUCAGGUGUUAAACCUGAGCGAUGCUGAGCUAGCGGGAGUUCUCCGUCCCCGUCCUGGGCGCUUGGACAGUCCAAGCAACCGCUACGCUGGAGACUGGAGCGAUUGCAAGGAGACGUACCUCCAUCAGAUGCACCCAGAGGAGGCAGAGGAAGCAGACUAUGCCGACGUGCCGAGUGAAGAGGAGAAGGACGAGGGCAAGGACAAAGAACGAGGGGAAGAGGAUGAUGAAAUGCUAGAGAGUAGAAAAGCUGUACAAAUAGAAGUGGAGAAGGAGCAAAAGUCUGAUGUUCAGGAAGAUGUUUUUGUUGGAGAACAACAGAAAAUUGAAGACAUGCCAUUGCUAAUGUCAUAUGAUCGAAUGCUAGUGGCGCGAGAAGAGCACAGAGCCAAAGAGCACACAUAUCAGGCAUUCAUGAAGAUCCAGGAGAUCAGCCCUGUUCUGAGUAACAGGGUGAACCUGCGAGAUCUUCAGGAAAGCAUUGACACGCUCAUUGGCAACCUGGAACGAGAGCUGAACAAGAACAAGUUCAAUGUCGGGUACUGAGAUGCUAAACACCAAGUCAGAUUUUGGUUUUUGGUAUCUCCAUGAUGAAACUUCAGGAUUUUGGUCUCUCAAACAUCGCACUUCUUAUCAACUCACACACACUACAGACUUACUCACAUUCCUUACGUUUAAAUAUCUGACUUUAGAGGCCUCUGAGGUUUCUUCUCGGGUUCCGUGUCAUCUGGUUUGGUUUGUUACGUUUCUUCUUAUUAGAAGAAGCCAUUGAGCCCUGAGGGGUGAGCCAGAUGCCUUAAUUGUGUAAAGGUGGUACUUAAGGCUGGGGAGAACUUUUUUUAAUAAUUUUUAUUAUUUCUAUUGAGGUACAGAAAAUGCAAACCAGUGCACUUAUAAAGCCAGCUUUCAAAGUCAGGGUCAGGGAUUAAGGCCAUUGAUACUGGCAUGAAAUACAGUUAAAUGAGUAGAUCCUUACACUAAACUUUAAACAUGCUAAUAUUCCAUGCAAUAAACCAGAAACAAUCCAGAAAUACCAAAACCAUCUGUACACUUAAAAAUAAACUACAUCUACCCAAAAGAUACCUACUUCCGAAGAUCCCUAAUCUGUACACACCUCUAAAUUCCUGAAAUAUUAACACCCAAAAGGUUUUAAACUACCACUUCAUAGGAUCUACACCCCUGGAAAAAAAAUUAAAAAAAAUAAAAUCCAGAAAUCAAAACACACUUUUAAAGCCUUAAAGUGCCAUUCCACCAUUGGAUGUAUUCUUUGGCAUAAAAUACAAUAUAUUUUAUGACAACAUGACUAGACAGAGAAA